GUAUGGCGGCCUCAGGCCUAGGUACGUCGGUUCCUGUGUGGUUGAGCGAGGAGGACCUGGGCUGCAUUAUCUGCCGAGAGCUGCUGGAUUGGCCGGCCACGCUACCCUGCGGCCACAGCUUCUGCCAGCGGUGCCUCAAUGGCUUGUGGGUUACGCAGCGCGCGGGCAUUGAGGGCCGCCCCUGGGCCUGCCCCACCUGCCGGGAGUGCCCCGAGGCGAAGCCAAAGCUGCGCAAGAACCUGCUGCUGCAGGACCUGGCGGACAAGUACCGCCGAGCGGCGCUCGAGCUCGAGGCUGGCCCCGAAACUGGGCCCGCGCCCGGGUCGCCGAGUCGUCCCAUGCCGCCGCCGGUGACAGUACAGAAAAGCACCACAGAAGAAGUCAUCCAGGAGCUGACAGAACUGGUGCAGCGGCUGGUAGACGUUGUCAAGAGCCUUCAAACACCAAGACAGAGGUCGGGAUCCAGACUGGACAGUGAACUAGGCAUCCUGGGCAUGGCUUCUCCCUCGGAGGAGAAACAUUCCUUGAGUUCUCCAAAGCUAGUAAUGUCCAGUGCCUCUGAGAGGAAGAUUCAAGAGAUUCUCCAAAACCUAGAAGAAAUUCAGAAAACACUGGAAGGGAGUGUCACAUGGAAAGAAGCUGCUCCUGGAGAACAAGUUCAGGAAAUGCCAUCUUCUUCCUUAUGCCAGCUGCCUGACCAAAGGUGUCCUGUACCCAGGAAAUCUUCUCAGUUUGCCCUAUGGGCCAUCAGUCCAACCUUCGACUUGGGGAGCCUCUCCUGUAACCUGGAGGUUUCUAACAGUUGCCGGAGAGUGACUGUGUCUCAUUGUCAUCAGCCCUAUCUUUGGAGCCCUGAGAGAUUUUUAAUUAGCCAGGUCUUGUGUUCCCAGGCUCUCUCUUCUGGUCGGAAGUACUGGGAAGUGGACACUAGGAACUGCAACCACUGGGCUGUUGGGGUGGCUUCGUGGAGCAUGAAGCGGAACCAGAUGCUGGGAAGGACUAAAGAUUCUUGGUGCAUAGAGUGGAAAGGGCCUGGCCAGUUCUCUGCUUGGGCCAUGGAGAAGAAAACUGACCUUCACUUAGGUCGCCCUGAGGUUGUGGGCGUGUGGCUGGACCUUGAGCUGGGGAAGCUUGCCUUCUACUCAGUCUCUGACCAAGAGACGCUUCUGUAUGAAUGUGAGGUCUCUGUCUCCUCCCCGCUGCACCCUGCAUUCUGGCUAUAUGGCUUAAGUCCUGGAAACUACCUGGAAAUAAAGCAGGUAACCAUGGGGUUAGAAUAGUGGCUUCCUAGACUCUCUGUUUAGGGGCAACUAGAGAAUUCAUUCCACUUAAGGAAACUGGAUAUGGUAGUACAUGUCUGUAACCCUAGCACUUGGGAAGUGGAGGCAGGAGGAUCACUGCAAGUUUUAGGCCAGCCUGGUCAGCAAAAUCAAGGCCACCUUAGAUUACAUGAUAUGACUCCACUCACUUCUGAAGUUAUUCUUUUUUGUGUGGGACAAGAUAAACUAAACAGGAUUGAGCGCUUUGAACCUUGGGCAUUUCAGAGAAAGAGCUGGCCUGGAAAGAGAUCCUGAAGCUGAUCUCUAAGGCCUCAGAAUAGCCUGCCUAUGGGCUAGAGAGAUGGCUCAAAGGUUGGGAGCACUGACUGCUCUGCCAGAGAUCCUGAGUUCAAUUCCCAGCAACCACAUGGUGGCUCAGAACCACCUAUAAAGAGAUCUCUUGCCCUCUUCUAGCUUGUAGGAAUACAUGAAGGCAGACUGUUGUAUGCAUAAUAAUAAAACAAAUAAAUCUUUAAAGGAAAAAAUAGCCUGCCUAAUAAGAGUGACUUUGGACCAUUGUCUUUCACUUAGGCCUCAUCUGGGACUGUUGGUUCAAUCAGCCUGUGGCCAGCAAGUCACACUUAUAUGACUGACACUCCCCCCCCUUGAAAGCCCAAUGCCACAGCAUAGCUAGAUAAAUAUCCCUAGCUAGCAUACACUAUAUAUGUCCCCCUGUACCACUGUUGGGAGGGUGGAGCACUGUUCAAUGACUAGUGAGAAGGGAGCCUUCCUGGACCCUACCUUGUGUGUCUUUGCUAUUAUUCUUUUUAUUGUUUAGCCUUUCAAUGUAAUAAACUAAAAGCAUGAGUGUCA